AUGCAGGGAAUGGACGUACCAGAUGUGACUUUGGUCAUUCAGUGGCGAGCGUCGUGCAGGUUGUCUGCCAUUUGGCAGUGGUUUGGUCGUGCAGCCAGAGACCGCACGCUGGAAGGGACUGCGUUGCUGUUCGCAGAAAAAGAGUAUUUCGACGAUAUACGUGAAGAUAAGCGUAAGCGUCAGGAGCGCAAAAAGAAAGCAACAAAUGCACCAGAUAACCAACCGGCUGCCAAAUGCUGUGUAAUUAAUAGUUUGACUGCUAUUGAUGUUGCGCACCUGGAAGGAGAGGAUAGUGCCCAGUCUACCAAUAAUACUAGUGGCUCAGCAGCAAACUCACCUAAGGUUAUAAUUACUGAUGCACAGUUGAGGGAUUUAAUAAAACCGGCAAGCACAUUGGAGAGGUUAUCAAGGCAGAAGAGAGAGAAUGAACUGGACCGAGCAAUGGACUUGUUGAUCAACGCUGAUUAUUGUGGCGUUGGGUGUCGUCGGAAGGUGUUUAAUAUCCAAUUUGACAACGGAUCAGCAGGUGCGACUUUCCUAUACUGUAUUAAUAAUUGCAAUAAUAUUUUAUAG